AUGGCGCAAAACACAUUCAACGUGGCUGUCACGGGAAAUGCUGUAAGUUUAAUCCUGUUAUACGUUAACCUUGAGUACUAAACUGUAUGAGAUAGCCCUUUAUGGAGUUUGAUUAUAAUACUUCCUGGUUGGUGCGAGAUGCGUUGCCAAAUUCGAUGAAACGACUGGGAAAGAAAGACAUUAGAAUCAUGAAAUAUGCUCGUAUCACCCACGGCACAUACGAGGACGUCAGACGCGUUUCGAAGGAAAUCUGGGGUGGUCAGCGAUCUCUCUUUCUGCCAGAGCCUCAAUCAGGAGAGAAUGAUACCACGGUCGAUAUCGAUAUGAUCCUCCACUUAGGCAUGGUUGCGCUCGGCUGGAGAACUGACCAAUUUCGCUUCGAGAAGCUGGCACGGAGAGAUGGUUACAAGCUUCCAGGGGAUGACGGGAAAUAUAUUGACUCCGAGGGGCUGGAGAAACUCGGGCUUCCGGAAUCCAUCGCCACCAUAUUUGAUGUCAAGGCUGCGUGGGUUAAAGUUCAUCAAGCAUUUCCGGUGAGUCCAAGACACAUAUCAGUUUCUAGAUCUGGCUAAUUACAACCACAGGACACCCCUGCUGUUGUCUCGGAGGAUGCAGGCCUCUACUUCUGCGAGUUCCGCAUGUAUUCAUCAUUGGCAGAGCCGCUUGUAAGCGAGGGGAUCCAAGAGAAAAGUGGCAGAGUGAUUUUCGUGCAUCUGCCUCAAGCUCACGAUGACGGUGCUAUCUCAUUGGCUCGAGACAUCACCGCAACGUAUAUUGCUGGCCUUGUCGAUGCCUUUGUAGAACAGAACGGAGAAUGA